AUGAGAUCCUCUCCCCAGAAUGACAGCUCUCCCACUGCACCAGUUGGAGAGUAUUCGUCCGACGAAACCCUCUUUCCAGAUCUUGGACAACGCGACAACAUUCCACCAGAGAAUGGUGCAAUCGUUUCAAGCAAUGAUACCUCCACUUGGCCCUUCAAAACACUCUUGAAUAUUGCAAAGAUGGCCAAGGGGAGAGUGAACAGGAGCAUGAUCAACUUCAUAAAGACACAUCUCCAAGGCACAAGGCUCAUAUUCGUGGUGGGCCAGACCGGGUCUGGUAAGACGAGCCUGCUAGAAGAGAUAACCAGUCAAGACCUGAAGGUUGGGCAUUCAGCCAAAUCUGGGACUCUUGGUUACCAGGUACUCCCAGCAAUUGUCCACGGCAAGCAGUAUCUCUUUGUCGAUACACCAGGGUUUGGGGCAGAGGACUUGAAGGACAAGGACGUUUAUGAGGAUAUAAUGAGCUGUGUGUGUACUCUGGGACAGUGGGUGACUAUUGCCGGAAUCAUGUUCGUUCACGACGUCAGAUCGCAAAGACUGACCUUCAGUGAAAUGAGAACGAUUCGCUGGCUGCAAUGCUUUUGCGGUCCUCAGUUUUUCCGAAAUGUCACUAUUGUUCAAACCCAGUGGGACAGGAUUACUGAAGAUGACAUGGAUCAAGUUCGCGAUAUUGCUAAUGAGCUGGAAUUCUCGGCGUUUGACGACGUUCUCUUCCCGAAACACGUCAAAGGUGGCUGUGUCUACAACCACGGAGUGCGCCUGGAAAACAAAAGCGAAUGGGUUACUUUAUCAAGAAAGAAAAAAAGGCAAGAGCGAUCCCGAAUGGCCGCAGAUUUUAUACUUAACCAGUAUGGCCGCUGCGGUAAGGUUGCGAGACUCCAGGUUCUUGAAGAGCUGGCUCAAGGCUGGGGACUCUAUGAAACUGAGGCGGCAAAAUCUCUCUUUGAUUCGGUCGAACAUCCAUUGAUAUGCAAUUUACGAUACAAAACUACAUAUUUGGACCUCGACGAAAAAAUCUCGCCAAAAGUGAAAGAGGAAGAGGCUGCUGCUGCAGACACUUCGCCGGAGCAGCAAGCAGCUGAGAGUUCGACAUGGAAAUGGUGGGAAAUUGCAAAACAGGUGGCGUGGACUUUCUGGGGCUUUCAGAGAACUGGACACACCAAGUAUACUGAAUAUAUGGAGUCGGUGGCUACGGAUGUGUGGGAAAGAUUGAAAGGUUGGUGGUCCGGAGAGACGCCGCCACAGUAG